CAUGACGCAGAAUCUAGCCACCGCGCAGGCCGGCUAGUUAAGUCCGUUAUGGCCGCUGCGGCCCUGAGGAGGAUGAGGGGGUCGGUGCGAGAGAAGCUGCCUCCCGGACUAGCCCUCCGGAUACCCGGGAGGUUGACGCGGCCGCUGGUGCUGGCGUUCCUGCUUGCGUCCGCCGUGUCUAGUGCUUUAUCAGAGAAUAAUUUGCCAAAUGGAACUACACUGAAUUUAGAGAAUUCUGCUACAAAUAGGAGUACUUCAACACAUGAAAGUCAAACCAAAUCUUUUACUUCCCAUGUUAGCACCCCUUUUCCUCCCACAACCAGUACAGAGAAAAGUGGAGGUGCAUCUGUGGCCCCUCACCCCUCCACUUCAUCUCUGUCCCAAGAGGAAGCGGGUAACAGUGAAGAUCCUAGCAUGGAGGAAGAGGGGCUUUUCGUGCUAAACAGUUCUCCAUCCACUGCCAAAGAUACUCUGGACAAUGGAGGUUAUGAAGAGUCAGAAUAUGACUGGACCCCCAGUGCCAGGGAUGAUGAGGACUUGGAAGAAAACAGAGACAAUAAGGAAACUGAGCAGUCCGGGAGAUCUUUUAAGACCCCAUCUUCAAACAUAGAAGAGGAAGACAGCCAUUUCUUUUUUCAUCUUAUUAUUUUUGCUUUUUGUAUUGCUGUUGUUUACAUUACAUAUCAUAACAAAAGAAAGAUUUUCCUUCUGGUUCAAAGCAGAAAAUGGCGUGAUGGUCUUUGUUCUAAAACAGUUGAAUAUCAUCGUCUGGACCAGAAUGUUAAUGAGGCAAUGCCUUCUCUGAAGAUUACCAAUGAUUAUAUUUUUUAAAGCACUGUGAUUUGAGUUUGCUUAUUAUAUAAUUUUAUCUGCUUGACUUUUUAUAUGUUAUUGAAUAGAUGAUUGCCAUAGGCAAUUGGUACUUAAAUGAGAGGUGGGUCUCUCUUUAUUUUGCCUUGGUGCUUUGGAAACUCAGUGUCAAAAGGAAUAUAUAAUUUUUUAUCUACAUUUUUAAAGCUGAAUUCAAUCAGGUUUCCAAAAUGUGGAGCUAAGCAUUACCUGCUAGUCUUUAUUGUUUUUGAUUUCUUUAUUGCACUUCUUCUGGAAGUCUUUGUGACUGUACUUCUAGAAGAUCUCAGACUUGUAACUAAAUUUUAACAUAUCUAGUACUGCUGACUUAGAUUCUUGUUCUGCCAUUCAAAUACUAGUUUUAACAACACAUUUAUUUGUUCUCCCUAACUGUGAUGUAUAAGGAUGUUUGUAAUAAUGCUUUGCAUAUAAUAUUUUUUUCUUCCAGGGAAAUUGCUUUGGAUAUUUUUGGAUAAUUUAAAUGUAAGAUUAUAAAAUUGCUAAUUAUGACCACAAUUUUAGGUAAUGCAGUAAAUAUGUCUAGAAAUUCUGGCAGUAGAGAUUCUGCAAUUUAAAACAAACAUAGGCAAAUGGUUAGACAGAUCAUUUUUUGGUUUGAAUUACUGAACUGAAUAUAAAAGUAGCAGUUGUGGUAAGCUGUUAAACAUACAGUUGCUUUUAGUGAGCAAUUGGUUAUAGCACUGGUUCCUCCAAGCUUUCAAGCAAGGGGUAGAGUUUAAAAUGAUAUCAGAUUUGUUCACUUUGUUUUUUAUUUUCUUAGUAAAUCUGAAUAAAUCUUAGGGCUGAUUAUCAUUUAAAUAAUACAUCUAGGUCUUUCAAAUUAGAAUUUUACCUGGGUGAAGUUGUUUGUGUACAUAAAGAAUAUAUAGGUACACUGAUUUCUUUUUUUCUUUUGGUACUUGUUUUAUUUUGCCUUAUUUUUUGGGUACCAACUGGAAGUUAUUCCCUGUAUUUCAUUUAAGUCUGUCUCUCUCUCAUAAAGAACCGAUCAAGAUGUAAAUAUGUGAUUUGAACCAUGGUUGACUUACAAGUGUCACUACAACUUUUUAGAAAACAUGACUCCUAGAAUAAGUUAAAUGCCCACAUACAAAGCCUGGGUUAACCAUGGCCAUGUGCUUUGUGUAGAGAUGAAAAAAGCAGGUCAGUUCAUCUUUUCCCUUGAGUGGACAGUUUACUGCCCUAACAAGUAGAGGAAACAUGUGGAAAUACACCUGAACUAUUUCACUGUGUUUUUUUUUUUUUCAUUUUUGAAACUGUAUUAUUUAAUAUUUUGAAUAAUAAAAAUAAACAGCAAAGAAUAAGUCCACGA